AUGAUAAAGAACACCUUACUUUUCAAACCAUUUCAAACAAGUUGUCGACGACAUCAAAUUAUAUCACCAUCUCGUAAUAGUAACAGCAGUCGUCACCAAAUCAUAAAAAUAUUUUCUGCUAACUACGCAACAGUACAAAGUUCUCCACCCACUCGUACCUAUGGCGGCCUCAAAGACCAAGACCGCAUCUUCACCAACCUUUACUCACGCCAUGAUUUUCGAUUAAAAGGCGCCCUUCUGCGCGGUGACUGGUAUAAAACCAAAGAGAUACUAUUGAAAGGUCACGAAUGGAUCUUGCAAGAGAUGAAAACUUCGGGACUGAGAGGACGCGGUGGAGCUGGGUUCCCGACCGGUUUGAAGUGGAGUUUUAUGAACAAGCCCCCGGAUGGCCGACCUCGGUACCUUGUAGUUAACGCAGACGAGGGAGAACCAGGUACCUGCAAAGAUAGAGAAAUUAUGCGUGGUGAUCCUCAUAAACUUGUUGAAGGAUGUUUAAUAGCUGGUCGAGCAAUGAAUGCCACUGCAGCCUAUAUUUAUAUUCGAGGUGAAUUCUACAGUGAAGCAUCGAACAUGCAAGAAGCGAUCAAUGAGGCAUAUGCUGAGGGAUUAAUUGGAAAAAAUGCUUGCGGAACAGGCUACGACUUUGACGUAUACUUGCAUCGAGGUGCCGGCGCAUAUAUAUGUGGCGAAGAAACGGCAUUAAUCGAAUCCCUUGAGGGCAAGCCGGGAAAACCGCGAUUAAAGCCUCCGUUUCCGGCUGAUGUGGGAUUGUUUGGAUGUCCGACUACAGUGUCGAAUGUGGAAACUGUUGCUGUUGCGCCGACUAUAUGUCGACGAGGUGGUUCAUGGUUUGCUAGUUUUGGUAGAGAACGAAAUGCUGGAACUAAAUUAUUUUGUAUUUCUGGACAUGUGAAUAAUCCGUGUACCGUGGAAGACGAGAUGAGUAUACCACUACGAGACCUAAUUGAGCGACAUUGUGGUGGAGUACGUGGUGGAUGGGAUAACCUGCUAGGAAUAAUUCCCGGUGGUUCAUCUGUUCCGGUUCUUCCUAAAGAUAUUUGUGAGGACGUGUUAAUGGAUUUUGACGCGCUCCGAGACGUCCAAUCAGGUCUCGGCACAGCCGCCGUAAUAGUAAUGGACAAGUCCACCGACAUAGUAGCCGCCAUCGCACGACUAUCCGCCUUCUACAAACACGAGAGUUGUGGUCAGUGCACACCGUGUCGUGAAGGCACCACGUGGUUGAAUAAUAUUAUGUGGCGAUUUGUACAAGGACAUGCAACUGCGCGAGAGAUUGAUCAGCUUCAAGAGUUGUCAAAAGGGAUUGAGGGGCAUACAAUAUGUGCGUUGGGCGAUGCAGCCGCUUGGCCAGUGCAAGGACUAAUUCGACACUUUAGACCACAACUUGAAGCUCGUAUGCUCGAUUUUGCGCGUGAGAAUCCUGAUGUCGAUUUAUCCAAAUUUUCGAUUGCUGCUCCCGGAUUGUAA